CGUCUCCCAGGUCAGUCUUGGCAAGCAGUUCGGUGUGGGCUGACGGGCAGAUUUGGUUGGGGUCCUUUUUGGUGAAAUGUCUGUCAUUUUUUUCGGUCUAUAAUUACUUGAAAAGAACCCAAAUUUACGUUGAUCUAAAUUGUGCCGUGUUUCAAAUUGUUCGAACGAGGGUUUGGUUUACUUCUUCUAAAUGGCGAAGAAGGGAGGAGUUCAGCAACUCCAGACAGAAAUCAACACCGAUGAUGAGUUUGAAAAAUUUCUCGAGCGUGAUGGACUUUUGGUUUUGGAUGUGUACACGGAAUGGUGUGGACCGUGCGUGGGCAUGAUUGGAAGUCUGAAGAAAAUCAAGCUGGAACUCGGCGGUGAUAAUUUGCAGCUCGCUAUCUGUAAAUCAGAUGAAAUCGGUGCCCUGAAGCGCUUCCGGAACAAAAGUGAACCCACGUGGCUGUUUGCUUCGCACGGCAAGAUCGUAAACCUGAUGUUCGGUACCAAUGUGCCGAAGCUGAUCAAUCUCAUCACCGAAGAGCUGGACAUCGAGCUGAAGUGCCGGGCGGGCGAGCUGGAGCGCACCUACUACGAGCUGUGGGAGCUAACGCCCGAGGAGCAGGCGCGGGAGGACGUGCGCCAGGAGCGGGAGGAGGAGGUGGCCCGCAUCGAGAAGGAAGCGGCCGCCAAGAAGCGGCUCGACUACAUCACGCACGUGACGGACGAGAUCAUGGGCAACAUUCCGGACAUGGGCAUCACGCUGUUUAUGCCGCACGUGCACAAGGACGUGUUCAAGAAGCUGCACGAUCACGCCGAAAAGCACGACCUGCACAUGAAGGAGAAGCGGCUGGUGCACCUGAACCCGAAGAUGCUCGAGGUGCUGCACUUUGAGUGCGAAAACCGGCUCGCGGACGAUGUGUUUGAGCAGAUCUACUACAAGGACAUCCAGGCGUACGUGUGGAAGCUUACCGAGGGCGAGACGCGCUCGCCGGAGGAGGUGAUCGGGGCGUUCGUGAAGAUCAUCACCGAGCCGGUCGAGGUGCUGGACGCGGACGGCAACGUGGAGAAGGUGAUUCCGCGCAUGAUCGAGCCGCUCGAGAUGCUGUACAGCGCGAACGACGGCACGUGGAAGAUGGUGUCGAAGCUGCCGCCCCAGAAGAGUGCCAGCUCGAUCGCGACCACCAACUCGUCCGAUUCGUCCCAGAACGUGUCGAAGGAAACGUUCGACGAGGAGGCGUGCCCCCGGCUGAUCAUACCGGGCGUGUGGACGCCAACGAACCGGCGUGCAAAUGCGGCUCUAUUCUAUCUCCUGUUCCGGCAUCUAACGGAGCACUUCCUUCCACCGGAUCCGGUACCGGAACCGCCCCACAUUUGCAUGGUGUUUGACGCGUACAAGAAGCGGGACGUGCUCGAGGUGGCCAUGAACGAGAAGUACAAAACGCAGGUGAUGGCGUUCGGGUACUUCAGUACCGGCGAUCCAAAGACGGCCGAACUUAUCGCCAAAACCACCGAACGCUACACGACCAAACGCCCCAACGUGAACGACAAGCUGAUCAUGAAGGUGUCCAAAGCGACCAGCCACGCGAUGCUUGCGCUUACCGCGAUGGGUCCGUGCUACGUCAGCCAAAAUGCCGUCGAGGGGCAGGAGGAGUGUGCGGCACUGUUUCCCCCCAACUACAACUUCGUCGAGGAGGAGAACGAAACGGGCGAGGUGGAGAAGAAGAAGCACAAGAAGAAACGGCGCGGCAAGAAGAGCGACACGUCGGUAUCGUCGGCGACAGAUUCGGCCAUUUCGACGACACCGUCAGCGGAACCGGGUGCCGACGGGCAGGGCGAGUUGGGCACGAUCGGGGAAGGUUCCACCGGUGAGGAGGGUGAGACGACGUCCUCCUCGCAGAAUUCGCCUGAAAAAACGGGUGGCGAUCCGGAGGAGGGAGCUCCAUCGUAAAGCAAUUUCAUCGAAUUUCUCAAGAAACACAGAGGAGCGGCAUAAUCUUUGUUUUAUAAUUCUGUUUUAAUUCCAAACCAGUUCUUCUCACGCUAGCAGCAAAGCGCUACUACGCUCAUUAGCAUACCUUUACGCUCACAGCUAAAAACGCAUAAACUAAAAUUCACUCUAUCUUAAAAUUAAAAUCUGCGUACACAUGAACUAGAAAUGUUACUGUUGGCCGCAAACUAAAACCGCAAAAAAAGAAAAACAAUGCAUUUGGAAUGGCAGCACACACGAUGAAGCGAACGAAAGGGCAUUACGGGCGUACUCUACGUGCGCAGUACGCGAACACGCACGAACCCUGCCUGGUAGCCGAUGGCGUAGUACGCGUACGACGUGGUGUUCGGAUUCCAGCGGAUCUGGUUCAGCCGGACGGCGGGAUAAUGGCCGAGCUUGCCGCGUCGCCACGUCUUCAGAUGAAGCGAUGCCGUGUCCAUAGCGGUGGGAACCUAAAGAGCAUAACAUAAAAGAGAGGGAGAAGAGAGAAUCGUGUGAGUGAUAAAAGCACGUUCAAGGUCAAUAGAAGUGGCUUAGUGUUAGUGGUAUUUAAUGAAUGAAUAACAUGAAUAAAAUGAGACUUAAACAGCGCUAA